AGUAGCACACACUGUAUUGGGUCAAAACAAAAGAACCAUGUUUUAGUGGCAUUAACCUCAAAGCAAGAAUCGUAUAUUGCGGUAGUAAAUAAACCGGCUUGUUCGAGUAUUUUGUAACGCGAGUUUUGAUAUGGAGAACCCCGAACUCCUUUUAACGUCAUCGCAAACGUCGCAGCAAUUUUCAGUGUGUCUGUGGGAUUACAAUACCAAAAAUAUACUGAAAGCUUAUAAAAACGGUGGCACCGUGUCUUGCAAAACUCUCGAUUUCAUCGGACGCGACUACUUAUUAACCGGCGAAUUAAAUAAGCCCCUGUUACACAUCUGGCCGGCAAAUGGUCAGGAACAAGAUAAAAACAUCAGGUUAGUACUGCCAGGACCAGCAACUUGUCUAUCAGUAUGUCCCAAAAGCAAUUACUUGGCCAUCGGGAUUGACACGAAGCUAUACAUUUGGCAGCUGUGUUCAGGAAAGUUACUGUCUGUGCAGCAGAAGCAUUAUCAACCAAUCACUUGUAUAAAAUUGUCCUCAGAGAGUGAAUAUGUAGCCGUGGGUGGUGAAGACGGGCUUUUAGUGGUGUAUUACUUGGCCGACUUGAUCGCGAUUCAGCACAGUUUGUUAACCCAAAGCAAAAUUGGUCAAGUUGAGCCCAUUUACAGUAAACAUGAUCACUCUAUGCCUAUAAGGGACAUCCACAUUGGUCAGUUUGGUAGUAACUCGCGUCUAGCUACCGUAUCUUCAGAUCAAACAUGCCGAUUGUACUCUCUGUCAAAUGGUGAAACACUCUUAACCUUGGUCUUUGGCGAACCGCUAACGUCGGUCAUUUUUGAUUCUCCAUGUUGGCAGCUUUACGUCGGUACCAACAGCGGCGCGAUACACCAAUUUAAUCUCAAAAACCCGCCCCGUGCAUUGACUUACCACAUUAACAAGAAAUCUAGCGAACAAUUUAUCGGUCAUAAGGGGAAAGUUAUUGGCAUCGCGUUAAACAUAAAUAAUACCAUCCUCGCCAGCGGUAGCGACGACAAUUUCGUCUUCACGUGGGAAAUAAAUAGCAAACAGAUUUUGCAAAAAUUCGAACACAAAGCCGCCGUAACUAACCUAAAAUUUGUAGCCAAUUUUAAAAACUUUUUCGAGCAAAGCUUCAGGCCCGGCAUAGUUGUCAAGUCUUUAGAUCGUGCUCUGGACAUAAGCGAUGACGAGUUUGUAGUUUCCGUGAUCCAGAAUGAGGACAUUGAGAUUAGCGACGACGAGAAUGUACUAGAGAAGGAGAAAUCGCGCGACGAAUUAACUAAGGAGAAUAUGAAGCUACGUAUCACGAACUAUCAAUUGUACAGGGCUGCCUUAGAGAUAAGCAAAAAAUACAACAACAGAUAGGUUUAUAUUUAUUAUUUCCUCUGAACCACUUAAAUUUAAGUAAUAAAUGAGUGAGCCAAA